CAGAACAGUACUCAACACAAAAGCCAGCAACAGCGACGAGAACAGGCCGAAGAUAAUAUUUAUGACCGUUCGCAAAAUGUACGCAAUGUCACCCAGCCUAGUAACACACCCAGACGUCCUGAACAGGAUGUCGUCGAUAAUGCGGAGCCAUACGCCCGAGUACCAAACCAACAGAAUUUGGUAGAAUCCCGUGCCACUGAUGAGGCUACUAAUGUCGAAACAAAAUUUUCAUCAGUGAAGAAAUCUAGCCGUCGAUUCUCAACUGAGACCACCUCUGAAACAAUUGAAGAGUUCUCAGACCAGCCACCUUCAACGCAAGCGCCUGGUAUUCGUGGCAAACCAAGCAGCCGUUCGCCCACACGAGACUUUUCAACUCAAGGGUUUCCAUCAGUAAAGUCGAAUAGACCCACUCAGGAAUAUCCCACGGAACGACCGCAUGGCGCACCACAAUCGCAAACACCGGAUUUUAGCACACAUGGGUUUCCUUCCGUAAGGCCAAAUAAACCUACCCAGCAGUAUGCAAGUGAAAGACCACGUCCUGCCGAUGUGGAACAGCAGCCCGGUGCUCAGGUGCCACAUGGCUUUCCUGCAGUGGGACCAAAUUCCAACAUUACUACCACUAAAGAUGGAGAUAUAAUAAUCGUUAGUUCAGAAUCUACACGCAGCUCAAAGUAUAAGACCAAUGCAGAGCGCAUUAUCGAAACAGAGGUUGUGGUUGAUGGUGAUACCAGUGGUCGUCCGCAAAGGCUUACACAUCCAGAGCCAACUGCACAUCCUGGCCGUGGGUUUCCCGCUGUAAAGGAAACUUCACCUGGCGCCUCUAGCCCACGCAGAUCGCAGCCCGGUGAAGAUUUCACUACUCACGGCUUUCCAUCAGUUAGAUCUCCAACAAAUAGUUCCCCAGCUGCUAAACCGAACUCGGUGCAGCCUGUGCCCUCUGGCAUUGUCAACCAAGAUGGCAACGUUACUGUAGUUAGUUCUGAAACAAAGAAAACAAUAAAGCAUAAUACGAACCGGGAACACAUUAUCGAAACAGAAAUUCUAGGUGAAAGUGACCACCACUACUCGCCGGCAGGAUUACGCCAACCGGACAAAAUUACAUUCCCUCCCACUCCCCAACCUUCAGAUUUUAGCACACAUGGUUUUCCUUCGGUAAGGGACUCUGCUCCCACUAAUGAUGCAUAUCGCCGCCAAGGUACACCAACUCGCGAUCAUCCGAGCAGUCCACGCAAGCCUCAACCGUCUGAAGAUUUCUCCACACACGGUUUUCCAUCUGUAAAGGACUCUACACCGGCAAGAGGGAGUACACCCUCUCGUGACUAUCCGAGCAGUCCGCGUCAGCAUCAU